AUGGCCAUCCUCAAGGAAGGGAUGAUGGCCUGCGCCAGAGCAAACGUGACCAGAUUCACGAGCGAGCUCAUCCAGCGCAAAAACGCAUGUGCCAACCUCCUGACCGAACACAAUCUUCGAACUCCCGACGUGAUCUGGGAGCCCAAACACGGAGAAGGCUACGAGCCCUUUACCGCCGGAGACAAAGCCAAAUUCAAGCUCGUCACGACCGUGACUUACGAGAACGGCAAGCUCGUCUGGCCCCCGAAAUUCACUCGUCUGAGUGACGAACUCGUCUACCUGGCAACCAAGUUCCUGAAAGUCACCGAGCGAGCAGCCAACUAUCCCUAUGAUUUCAAUGAGCGUGGCGAUAUCCGCGAGGAGCGUGUUCCUUCCGGUGUCUCGCCGAUUGUCUGGGCUCACGGGCUGCCCUUCUUCCCCGUUUUCAAGGGCUAUUACAUUCUCUGUGGACGUGAGCAUGCACGUUGGGUCGGAUGGCUUCUUAAUAAGAAGGAGCACCGGAUCAUGGUUGCAUGCCCCAUGUGGACGAUCGGACCCGUCAUAGCACCUGGUUCAGCCGUGAAUCUGCCUCGCACUGUGGACCGCCAGAUGCAGCUGCAUGUACCCAAGAGCGCGAAGGAGGUGGACAAGAAGUGGGAGAAGAUCGAUUCUGCGCGUGACGUUGUCUCGACGGCUCAUCAUAUGAUGUCCGUCGUGCCCAAGACUCCGUCCAAGGGAUUCAUUCUCGCUCCUAUCUAUCACAUUGAUGGGUACCAUGUACGCUGUGGGCCGACUAGUAUCAACGGUGGGAAGGGCCUGGAAAUUGGACGCCGUACUUUGUCGAAUCAUGGCGUGAAGGAUUUCGACUACGAUGCCUCGUUGAAGAAACCCUAUGUCAACGAGGAAAACCCCGCGGCUAUGCACUCGGAUGACAGCGAUGAAUUCGGGGAAGAGGAAAACUCCGACGGGACAGAGGCGAUGAGUGGCUUGGAAGAGGACGAGUGCGACGAUGAUCGUGACGAUGGCUCGUUUAUCCUGGCUUCGGAGGAGAGUGCCGGAGCUGGUGAUAUCGUCGAGGAGCCUCCGAGGAAGAAGCUCAAGAGGGAUGUCGCUACCUCUGGCCCAGCCUCUAGCCAAACUGAGAUGCAGCCCCCGGCCAGUGAGCAGAACGGGCACUCCACCACCAACUUCAGUGCCGCCAGAGCCGUGCGGAAUCUCAAUGCACUCGCAGCUUCCAUUGGUGACGAGGAGACAUACCCGCGUUCCGAAUGUCUUGGUGAUUCCCUGGCCGUCGAGUGUUACAGCGAAGCUACAACGAUCAUCAAUGCUCGAUCCGCCACCGAUACCAACAGCAGCCCUGACAGUGUAAUCACUAGCUCGGCCUACAGAGACGCAGCCAGUCAGACCACACCCAUCGUACCGGGAAAUGUCAUCGAGCAUAUCAGCAGCACUGGCGAUAUCAAGAUCACUCUAGCCCGCGGCGCUGCCCAUGACACCGGGGACCUCACCAAUUCUAUCCAGAACGUAACUCACCACACCGAGCACAUUCUCCAUCAAAUCGAUACCUUCGACGAGGACGACGGGAAAGAAAACCAAGAUCCAUUCCACAGCGCUCGAAACGCCCAUGCCGGCGCCGAUCCCAACCUCGACCCGUCUCUCAGGGAAGUUCUCCAGCACACUGACUCGGACGUACUGGAAGACUGA